AUGGAGUCUACUUCAGCGUCCUGGCCAGAGCCUUCGAUAGAGCUCUUCGAUGCGUGGCUGGACGCGCACCAUAUCCAGCGACACCCGUCUUUAUCGAUGGUGCCGAUGUCGCAUGAGUCCGCUGGCUUCUGCGUGACAGCCAGGGCGCCAAUACCUCUAGGAUCGACCCUAUGUGCAGUCCCAAAAUCCACCAUCUUCUCACACCGGACCGCCUCGCUUGAUCUCUCUACCUGCCCCUCGCUAGCGGGUGAACCCGAAGCGCCCUCGGACAUCUUCUACCGCUUAGCUGCGUGUCUCCUGCAUGAGCUUCGACUAGGGGAGGAGUCGAGCUGGUAUGGCUGGCUACAGGUCUUACCGAGGGAGACGGUACCGGUCCCGAUUCUGUGGAAUCUGAAGGAGGUCGGUGGGGAUGACGGAAGGAAGGCGUUCCCCUGGCUGAAGGCUACGGACGCUGAGAGCGAGAUGAAGCGUCAGAACGAGGAGGAUGGUCUUACUCGGGCGGGUCUGCGAGACUUCUUUUGGACUCUUACCGCCCUUCCGCCCACCACAUCACAUUCUUCCCCUCCUACCUACUCGGAGUUCCUGCAUGCUUUUUCUCUCAUCUCAUCCCGCGGCUUCAUGCUCGACUCGUACCACCAAAUCGGCAUCCCUCCCUACUGCGACAUGUUCAACCACUCUUCCACCUCCGCGCACACCUCUCUCCUCUGCGACGUCGGGGUCUGCCCCGAAUGCGGCUCACUCCAGCCUUGUCAGCAUGACGAGCUAGACUCUAACGGCCGGCCGGAACGGCUGGAGGGUAUUGAGCCCGCCUAUCUCGCCCGGAUGGCCGAGCGCGGUGAGGGCGAGCAGGUGGAUAUGAGGGCGGAACGAGACAUCUCGGCGGGGGUCGAGGUGUUCAGCUGCUAUGAGGAAGGGCUGACCUCUGCGAAGGCGUUGGUAGGGUAUGGCUUUGCCCCGUCCGAGCCAACCCGGUCGAGGAUAUCCUGGGGUCCGUGGGACAUUCUCGACAAAUCCUCGGCGGGGCGGUUCAUCCAUAUCAUGAAGCGAGGCGUCAUCACCGCGGAGCUGUUCGGAGACGACAAGGAGGAGGACUGGGAAUUCAGCAAGCCUUUUUUCCGGCCGGGCGGGUCGGCGGCGCCGGGGAGCUUCGAUCUCAGUAUGGACGGCGAUGGAACGCUCUCGAUUGACCUCCUGACCGCCAUUCAUGCUCGGACGUUCCACAAGUGGAGGAGCGGCCUCGACAACUUCAACGACCAGGACGAUGCGGUCAUCAGGGAUGCCAAGGCGCUGCAGGCGGUAGCGGAUGCGCAGCUGGGAUUGGCGGGGUUGAAGCGGUUGGGGGACGAGACGGGUACGCUGCGCCCUCUAAUCAGGGCGGUGGUGCAGCUUCUGGAGGACCGGUUGGGGGCGGCUCAUCGUCCAGAGCUGUCACCAGAGGAGAUAGAGAAGGAGAUACUGGGUCUUCCCGCUUCCUCAUCAUUGCAGCGCCAGGCCAUAUCUUUCGCUUUGGACGAGCGGGUGCUCCUGCAGAAGGUCAUAGGAGCUUGGGCGGGCUUGCUCAGCCAUCUGGGGUGA